AUGGAAAUUGAUGAAUUUGGGAUGACUAUAUCUUCGUCAUCUCAUGGAUUAGAUUUCACAAAUACAGAAAAUAAGUCUGAAUAUGUUGAUGUAGAUAGAACAACGACAAUGAGAAAUCCUAAAAUUGGAAUGGUAUUUGAUAAAGAGGAAGAAGCCUAUCAGUAUUAUUUAGCUUAUGCUAAAGAAAUAGGUUUUGGAAUCAAAAGGCACAAGAUGCAUAAAGAUAAAAAAGAAUGUGUGGGACUUACCCCAAAAGCCUCACAUGAUCUCAUGGUUAAAGAAGCUGGUGGCCGUGACAACUUAGGAUUUACGAGACAAGAUCAUAAGAAUUAUUUGCGUACGAAAAGAACAAAAGAUAUAAAAUUUGGAGAUACUGGUGGAGUGCUUGAGUAUUUGCAAGGAAUGCAAAGUAAAGAUCCGAAUUCUUCAUAUUUUAUUCAAUUGGACGAGGAUGAUAUGAUAACUAAUAUAUUUUGGGCAGAUAGUAGAAUGAAAGCAGAUUAUGCUGAUUUCGGGGAUGUUGUGAGUUUCGACACAACAUACAGAAAGAAUAGAGAAAGUCGGCCUUUUGCAUUAUUUGUUGGUGUCAAUCACCAUAGACAAACAAUAAUUUUUGGUGCUUCACUUUUAUACGAUGAAACCAUUCCUUCAUUUGAAUGGCUUUUUGAUACGUUUGCAAGUACCAUGGGUGGAAAAAAGCCUACCACUAUUCUUACAGAUCAAGAUCAUGCAAUGGCGAAUGCAUUGACUACAAGAUGGCCCGAGACUUGUCACAGGUUAUGUAUUUGGCAUAUAUAUCAAAAUGCUGCAAUACAUUUGGGUGGGAUAUUUGAAAAAUAUAAUGAUUUUGCACAUGAUUUUGGGAGAUGCAUUUAUGAUUGUGAAGAAGAGGAUGAAUUUCUACAUGAAUGGAAUAAAAUGUUGGUGAAGUAUGAUAUAUUAGAGAAUGAAUGGUUGAAUAAGUUGUUUAGAGUAAAAGAGAAAUGGGCUUUGGUUUAUGGACGUCAAUUUUUCUGUGCUGAUAUUACUACGACACAACGUAGUGAGGGUAUUAAUAGUGUCAUCAAAAGGUAUGUAAGUUCUAAGAACCCUUUGCGAGUAUUUUUCGAACGGUUUGAAAAUUUUCUUGAAUCUCGCCGAUACGAAGAGUUGAAGGCUGAUUUCAAGGCAAGUAUAAGUGCUCCAGUCCUUCAUAUACCCGUUCAAAUCUUGAAACAUGCUGCAGGUGUGUAUACACCUGAAGUUUUUAAGGGUUUUCAAAAAGAAUUGUGGAAGGCUUAUGAUUGUGCGAUGGUUCUUGUUGGCACAGAAGAAACAAUAGCAGUAUAUGAGGUCAGUUAUUUGGGAAGAUCAAAGAAUCAUAUUGUGAAAUUGAACUCCUCAAAUGAAACUGUUUCUUGUAGCUGCAAGAAGUUUGAAUUUGGCGGUUUGUUAUGUGCUCAUGCGUUGAAAGUACUCACAAAUAAUAAUGUUUUCAAGAUUCCAGAGAAAUAUGUGAUGAGAAGAUGGACAAAAUCGGCUAAAAUGGGAAGGGUGGUUCUAUUGGAACAAGAUGAAGAUGAUCCAAAGAAAAUGGCAAGCACGAGGUUUAAGGAUUUGAGUUUAUUUUUCAAAAAAUUGGUCAUAAGGGCUGCAGAAACUAAAGAAAUGUAUGAGUUGGUGAAAGAAUCGUUGUUGAAGACCAAUGAGAAGGUGAAUGAAUAUUUACACAACAAAAAUGCUAUGGGCGAAGAAUCAUAUGUGAGAGAUACGCAAUCAUGCCUAAGGGUUAGAGGGUCUUUGGAGAAAGAAGACAACAUACAUGUGAAGGGUAUAAAGACAAAAGCAAGAAUACGCUCCGGUAAAAGACCGAAAAGUGAAUUGGAAAAAAAUGCUAGGAAAAAAACUCAAAAUGAGGUUCAGUCAUCGCGUAAUUAUGGAUCUUUUGGCGACAUGUAA